GGCUCCCGGGACGAGCUGUCACUCAGGCUGGGAUGCGGCUGCAAGGAGCCGACUGCGGGCAGCAGUGGACGGCGGGGCUACGACCGGGCAGCAUGCGGCCGCCGGCGCCCGGGCUCGCUCUCGUCGUCCUGUGCCUGGCCUGGCCGGUGCACACCGCCGGUACGGUGGGCUGGAAUGGGACCGAGGGCUCGGGAAGCACCUACAGCACGCCGGGCACCGCUGGCCGGUUGCUGUCCUCCUCGACCAGCACCACUGGCCAGCUGUUGCCCAUCUCUACCAGCGCCACUGGUCAGCAAUUGCCCACCUCUACCAGCACCACUGGUCAGCAAUUGCCCACCUCUACCAGCACCACUGGUCAGUUAUUGCCCACCUCUACCAGCACCACUGGUCAGUUAUUGCCCACCGCCGCCGCCGCCGCCGCCAACCCUAACAGCACCGAAGGUCAGCCGCUGCCCUCCGCCGGCUGGCCGGACGAAGCGAUGCCAGAACUCAGAUGUAACUGCAGUAUUGUUGGAAGCACGAAUGGAACAUGUAAUGUGUCGUUGGGGCAGUGUGACUGUCUCCCCGGGUACGCUGGCAUGCAAUGCAGUAUCUGUGCUGAAGGCUUUUACCGCAACAUCAAUGGACAGUGCACUCGGUGUGAAUGCCAUACCACAGGAGCAGAGAGUUCUCAGUGUGACAGCAUGGGAAAGUGCCAUUGCAAACCUGGGGUGACCGGUCCAAAGUGUAGCCAGUGCCAGCCACUGCAUUACCAGCUGAAUGACACUGGAUGUAAACCUUGCCAGUGUAACAACCUCUCACUGAUGUGUGACUCCAGAGCAGGUGUCUGCUUGAACUGCACUGGGAAUACCGAAGGAGUGAACUGUGAGAGAUGCAAGGAGAGCUACUACAGAAAGCCUCAGGCUAACUCUACGUCCGCCUGCGAGCGCUGUCCUUGCUCGGUGGUGACAUCUAGUGGAAGCUGCCAUCUAGAGUCGGGGGAGCCGGUGUGUGAUCGCUGUCAGCCAGGUUAUUUUGGUGCCCACUGUGAGGAAUGUGCGGAUGGCUACUACAACUCGGACAGUAUCUGCGUGCGCUGUGAGUGUAACAAGAAUAUUGACGCAGAGAGCAGACUUCCCAUCUGCGAUUCGGAAUCCGGUCGCUGCCUCAGCUGUACGACCAACACCACCGGCUUCCACUGUGAGAAAUGUGCAGAGGGUUACCGUGGAGAUGCUGUGGCUGGAACCUGUCAGAAAGAAAUAACCACAGUGCUGCCAACGACCUCCACAGAGCCGAGCACUAGCCUCUCACCCACAACCACACCAGUCACAAACAGCACCAUGGCUCCAAGUGACCAGACCUUGCUGCCAGUGCUGCUGACCACCACUCAGGGUGGGGUGAGCACAGUUGCCCCAGUUGCCCCAGAAAUCUCAUGGACCCGGUUCAACCUCGUGGUGCUGGUAGUCAUUAUCACCGUAGUGGUCCUGCUCAUGGGCUUCGUGGCAGCCGUCUACGUUUACCGAGAGUACCGAAACCGGAAGCUGAACGCUCCUUUCUGGACAAUAGAGCUGAAGGAAGACAACAUCAGCUUCAGCAGUUACCAUGACAGCAUCCCCAAUGCGGAUGUUUCCGGACUGUUGGAGGAUGAUGCCAAUGAAGUGGUUCCGAACGGACAGCUGACUCUCUCAACGCCAAUGAGCUCAUACAAGAUCUAAGUACAUUUAAAAACCACUGCAAACAGAAGAUUGGAGACUGGACUGCACACCACAGGCACUGCGCCAAAGGCGCGCUGCUAAAGCAAGCAUGAUGCAGAUGUCACUCAGAGACUGAGUGAGGCUUCGUUGAGCUGAUUGCUGUUCCUGAGAAGUCCACAGCUGAUGAAUUGAGUUUGAUUUACUCUUUUCAACAAUGUAAAACACCCCAAAUGAGUUUCUAUUUUUGUACAAAAAUGAUGUCCAGGUACAAAUCUUCUCCCAGUGUGGAGAAGGUAGAUGAUUAGUUACAGGACUUUCCCAACCUAAAGCAACGUGUAAGUACCAAGCAUUGCAAUGCAACUGGCAAGACUUGAGUUCCGUUGAACGUGGGGUAAAUAAUUUUCUUAAACAAAUGACUGGAAUGUUCAUUAGGGUAAAGGUUUUACAAGGUGAGACGACGAGAAGACCUUGGAUCCAUGUUUGUAAACUACGGAUAGUUUCUAACGGUUGUGGAGAGAAAUGGCAAUAAUUGUGUUAGGGCCAACAUGCUUCCAGUAUUGAAUGCAUCGGGACCAGGAGGAAGGAGAAUCCUGUGGUGACGAUCACUGUUCCGUGUCGGGAGAGGAGGAAUCUCCCAGUGAAUGCCAAGUGAGCGGGUGUUUCUAACAGGUUAACACCAUAGGUAUCGAACAGGCCGCUUACUCUAUUCAACACAGGAAUCCCGAUUAUAAACUAAAGCCUUAACAGGCCUGUACUUGAGAGUUCUAAGCACAAAAAUGGCCGCAAGAAGCGUGAGUGCAAUUGUAGAUCCCCGCACAAGCUAACCCCCCCAACCCCCCAAAUAAUUUUGUUAAUGUAACAGAAUAAGACCUUUAA